GAAUGAGACCAUCGUUCGUAGAAAUACUCCUUGAUAUCCUGUAAGGGAUGGGAAAUAAGUGCUCUCCCUUUCUUUAUUCUCGAGAUUUUUUGAUGAGUCGCUCCUUUGUGCAGUGAUGAUUUCCGACAAGUGGCGAAUAUUCCUCUCUUCACUCACCUGUUGACACCACGCCAAUUAUAUAUACACUCUUUUUGCUCUCGAGACUUUUUUUCUUCAUCAGUCAUUCCUUUGUCUCCGUGUUAGGAUUUGUUCUCGAUUUAAGAAUCGAACCGAGCCAAAACAUUCCCUCCUUUGCACCAUUAUACACUGUACCUGGAGUACGCAGUCAUGAUGAAGAACCUUCUCAUUCUACUUCCUUCCUUACUGGCAUAUGUGGAAGCACACAUGCACCUCGAUUAUCCUCCGUCUUUGAAUGCGGCCAACAAUCCUUUCACAGAAGGUGCUGGUGAUCCACACCCAGACUAUCCUUACAACUGCUGUGGCAUGAAACAUGAGUAUCCAUGUAAAGGACAGUUGAAACUCCUCGGUACCCCGGCAGGCCGGGCCGUCGCCACGUGGAAACCAGGGUCCACCCAGCACUGGAACAUGACCGGACAAUCAAAUCAUUAUGGAGGAAGCUGCCAAAUCGGAUUUUCGGUCGAUAAGGGGAAGACAUUCCGUGUUGUCAAGAGCUAUGAAGGCAGUUGUCCGCAUCGGAACGAAGACGACGAUCAGAAUUUUGACUUUGUGGUUCCAACGGAUCUUCCAGCGGGGGACGUCCUGUUCGCUUGGAGUUGGACGAACCGCGAACAAGAGCUCAAUAUGAAUUGCGCAGCUAUCAGCAUCGAGAGUGAUAGUGGAGAAGGCGCUCCACUACCAAGUACCUCCCAAGCACUGGAACCUCAACCAACCGCACCCGCGUCCCCCGUUCUUUCGCAACCUGAAGACCCGCCGGCACAGUCACUCCCGUCGAAGCCACUGGCCUCGCAGCCACCGACCUCAGAGCCACCAACCUCGGAGGGAGAAGGUCCACAUUACGAAAUGGAUGGAUGCACCUGCAACUGCGAAGGCGGUACGUCCGAUACGUCCGACGGAGGAAUCCUGCUCUCCUCGUGCUAUUGUUACUGCUCCGAGAUGCCACCAGUGCGGGGACGUGAACCGCGGACGCGCCCAAGGACCAAGCACCAUUGGAAGCGGGCCGGAACCACUGUGGCGUUUAGUAACCGACCCGAGAUGCUUGCUGUCAAUGUCGGCAAUGGAUGCACCAGCCCCAGGGAGAAUGCAGAGCUGAAGUAUCCGAAUCCAGGCCCCGAUGUGGUGGAAGGUGAUGGGGAAUAUCCGCUGGAACUUCCCCAAGGGAACUGCGUAUGAAAAGCACGGUCGAACGAUGUGAACGAAUUGAAAUGAAGGGUUUGAUUUGCUUCUUGUAUAGUACAUAUCUACUACAUCCAGAACGUCAUCACGCGGGCCUCC